GGUUCUCCAUUUCCAACUUAAAAUUCAAGCAACUACCAAGCAACUUCCAUUCUUGUCCUUUUUCUUUCCCUUUUGCUUCAAUUCAUACGCUUCCCCUCUAUUUUUGUAUACGUAAAUAAGUGCACAUCCUUAUACACUGUAAAAAGUAUACUCAAAAUACCAGUUAAAUCAAGUGUAUAUGUCAGACAACCAUAUCCGGCGAAGAUUUCCGGUAAGCCGGAGAGCUAGGAGCAGAGCACUAAAACCGUCGCCGUCGGGUCAUCGGAGGUAUACGCCUGUGCCGGUGAAGCGCCGAUCAUCGAAGCAGCAUAGUAGAGAUACUAAUUAUAAGACACUAGAGAGAUGUAAAUCAGAGCCUUGUAUUUUGAAAAUUGGAGUCAUUGACUUUGACGAUGAUCUCGGCCGGGAUGUGACGGCGCCGUCGUUAGAAAUCCUUUUGCGGCCACAAACUUGUUCGGACAUAUUUUUGUCUCCUGAUUAUCAUUAUUCUGGAUCUCCGCAGAGUUUUCAGGGGUAUAAGAAGGAGGCAAAAGUAAUCGUUAAUGUGACAGUUGAAGGCAGUCCAGGACCGGUGCGAACCAUGGUCAAGUUGGGAUCCAGUGUAGAUGAAACAAUAAGACUUGUCAUAGACAAAUACAGUGAAGAAGGCCGAACUCCUCGGCUUGAUAAAAAUGCUGAUUCAUCGUUUCAGUUGUACCAGUCUUACUUCAGUCUUCAAAGCUUGAGUAAUACAGAUGCGAUUGGAGAUGUUGGAAGCAGAAGUUUUUAUCUUCGAAAAAGUAACAGUAGUAAUGGAAGUAAUGCAAGUAACGGAGAAAUAGCAUCAGAGAUUGCUCCGGUUGUUCCCCUUGGAUUCUUUGGUCGCAAGAUAAAUAAAGUAAUUAGAAGAUCAUGUAAGCUAUGGAAAAUCCUUGGUUGCAUGCAGUGUUCCGGAUGAUUCGAUAUUACUACAAUAGAGAUGGAUCCAGAAUUUUAUAUUAGUGCGUGGCUUACGUGCUACUAUUCUAUUAUAGAGUAGCAUGAGUAUUAGAUUUGCUACUCAACUUAAAGGAAUUUAAUAUAAAACGUUAUGAGAAAAGAUAGACAAUUUAACGUGUAUUUCUGGAUUUAGUCAAGGUGCACAAGUUCGCUCGAA